UGGUUUCGACCAGUUAACUCGCUGUGCUGUGCUUGAAAGGACGUACGUACGUCGCCCUCACGCCCUCCGAGUCUCCCCGACCCCCGUCAGGAGGAAGAUCGCGACCCUCUAGGCAUUUCCUCCUCCUCCGCCAUGGCAGACGCCCAAUUAACUGGCUGCGGCCCCUUGACGAUCAAGUACCUCGUCUUCUUCUUUAACCUGAUAUUCUUCCUGUCAGGUCUUAUAUUGAUAGCCGUAGGUGGAGUUGCCCAGGGUUUUUUCCACCAAUACAUGCAAUUUUUUGAAGGCCAGUAUGAAACUCCAGCAAUAGGUAUAAUCAUCCUUGGGGCCAUCAUCCUUGUUGUCUCUUUCUUCGGAUGCUGUGGGGCUAAGAAAGAGAAUGUCUUCAUGCUACGAAUUUUCAUUUGUCUGAUGGUCGUGAUUUUGAUGUGUGAAAUUGCUGCUGCCAUCACUGUAGCUGUGUUGCGACCAGACAUCGAGAAGCUUAUCAAGAAGAACAUGAACGAAACAAUGAUUCAUUAUGGCGAUCCAAAAGGUCUUCCCACAUUGGCUUGGGAUGAUAUGCAAAGCAAUCACAAAUGUUGUGGAGUUGGGAGCUACAUGGACUGGGAGACAACACCAUAUGGUGUUAAUGUCACUGGUGUCCCGGACUCCUGCUGUAUUGAUGAGAAGCCUGGUUGUGGCCAUAACAUUUUUGUGCAGAUACCAAGUGACAGUAGCUCUGUUCCUACCAUCUACUCAGAGGGAUGUUACCAAGCCCUUCACGAUGCAGCUAUGAGUAACAUUGGAGCUAUUGCUGGUGGUAUUGCUGGAUUGGCCUUCUUUCAGAUCCUUGGAAUCUGGAUGUCCUCUUGCCUGAUCAAGUCUGCAAGGGAGCGUUAUGAAAUUCUCUAGAUGGAAAUAGAAGAGGAUUUUUCCUAAUUUGAUACUAUAUUGUAGUAGUUAGGUCACAGUUAUAUUUGGAGUAUAGAUUUUUGGUGAGGCAUUGAAUUUUUCAUUGUUAUAAUGGUCACAUGAAUGUUUCAUUGAAUGUUAACAGGUGAAAGGCAUAUAAAGCAAUAAAGAUUGAGAUGGUCAUAGACGGAUAAAAUACAUUAUUGCAUGAGUAAACGAUACAGAACUUUUCAUCUACAUUUCAACAAGAAUGGUCACAGUAGUAGUCUUAUUAGCAUUAUAAGCAUAUGCCAUAUUAUAAGCAUCAUACAGUGUCCUUGUCGUUACCAGUGUAUUGCAUUAACUGUACAAGCAUGUAUCACUGUUGAUUAUAAUCAUUUUUAGAGACUUGAAGAAGGGUCUUAGAUAUUGUUCCUUUUGUAGAGCACAUUUCACUUACAGGUGUCAGACAUCACGUCUCCUUCAGUGUGUUUACCACAAACAUGACAUCUCGGAACUAAGAUUAUAUAUAUAUCACUUUAGCACAUGAUUCAUUUACCACACAUACCCACAGGUGAAAAAUAAGAGGCGGGGUGUAGGUUCUGACCAGUUUUGACUGUAUUUCCAAGCCUUUGACGAAUGGCUUGGAAAUAAAGUUGAAACUGGUCAGGACCUACACCCGUUCUCUUUUGUAUACAUACAUACACAUAUACUAUACACAUAUAUAUAACAUACUUUUUUCCUUGGAUUUAUGGUUUUUCAUGUUCACUACAGUUCAGAGUUGAACUUCUGGUGUGAAAAUUAUUCAUGAGGGUCAGUCAUUGUUCAGCUUUUAUUAAGUAGGAAAAAUGCAUGAUAGUGUUCCCUUGUGUAUGCUUUACUAAUAAAGUUAUUUACUCAUUGUACACAAA